AUAAUGUACAUGAACUGAUUUUCUCUAACAAUGAAAAUAGUUACAAAGAAGAAUUAUUUGAUAGUAAUUUUUUUUCUUAUAAUCAAAAUAGCAAUUCAAUUAUAAUUACAAAGGAUACACUUGAUUCAAAUAAUCAAGAUUCUUCAAAUUUAAGUUCUAUUCAACCAAACCUGUCAUCAGUUUCAAACCUAAAGUCUCAAGUUGAUAAAAAAAAAUCUGUUGCUUCAAAAAAUGAUAAUAGUACAUCUAAAAGUUUAUCUAAUAUAAAUGAUCAAGAUUUUUCAAACUUAAGUUCUAUUCAAUCAAACUUAUAUAUAUUGAUUCAAAUGAUGAUGGCAGUAAAUCAUUAAAUUUACCUAAUGUAAAUAAUCGAGAUUGUUCAAAUUCAAGUUCCAAUUUAUCAGACUUAUCAUCAAAUUCAAAUCAAAGUUGUGUUAAUAGAAAAAGACGUAUUAAUUCAGAUGAUGAUGAUAGUGAAUCAUUAGAUUUACCUAAUGUAAAUAGUCAAGAUUCUUCAAGUCCAAGUUCCAUUCAAUCGGACUUAUCAUCAAGUUUAAAUCAAAGGUUUCAUGUCAAUAAAAAAAGACAUAUUGUUUCACAAUCUGUUAAUGAAGCAUCUAAAAGUUUACCCAAAUUAUACGAUCAAAAUAUUUCAAAUCAAAUGUCUCUUAUUGAAUUAAAAAAACAUAUUGGUUCAAAAAAUAUGAGUUCGUUAUUUUUAGAUGUCUUCAAAGAAGAUGAGGAUAUGUUUUUUUUAAGGAGCAUCUUAUCAGAUAUGAAAUCUAUGACUUCUACUCAAAAAAGAUAUUUUAAGAUAAAAAUUCUACAAUUGACAGGAAAGAUACUUGAUGAACCUCAAAUGAAGUGUAACUAAUCACAGUAAUUUUAUUAACUCAAUACAUAAUUUAAGUAUUGUACACAUUUUAUAUUAAUUUUUCUAAUAUACAUUAGCGU